AUGAUCUGCAACGCUUUCAUUCUUGCUGCACUAGCAGGAAGUGCCCUUGCUGGACCUUGCAAACCUGGCCAUACUUCGUCCAACCAUCUGUCGACCAAGACCGUGUCUGGCGAUACUUACACUCUUGCCUUGCCCUCUUCUGAGACGUCGAUAGACAUUGCUUCUCAAGCGACUGAUGUCCCAACUACUACUAAUUCUCUGGAAGGUAUCAUCAUCACCAACGCGGUAGCCAACGGCAGACUUACUAAUGGUAUCGAAGGCUUUGAUUCUGAAGGCGAGGCCAGCCACCAGAAAGGAGGGUGUUUCAAGGAUGACGGCAGCCCUGAUGAUGGUUGCGCUUCGCUAAAAGCAGUUGGAGACUCCCAGAAACGAUUCUUGGGUUCAUUCGCGGGCAUCUUGCAGCUUCUCUAG